CGGGAGGGACAGCUGGCUCUGGAUGGCAGGAGGAUGGAGCCGUAAGACGGGAGGGACAGCUGGAUUCUUCUGUCUCUUAAGAAGCAGCAAGCUCUGGUCUCUGGUGUGUCACAGACCACAGAACUCUGGAGACCCUCUCAGCCCUGGCUCAAGCAGGGUCAGAGGGAGCAGGCUGCCUGGGAUCAUGUCCCCUUGGGCUUUGAGCAUCUCCACAGACAGAGACUUCACAGCCUCUCUGGGCAUCCUGUUCCAGGGUUUGAGUUUAAGGCAAGGGCCUCAGCAACCGGCACCAAAUUGCCCUGCUUUCAGUUUGACCCGAUGGCCAAGGCUGCCAAUUUUUUGAAGUGCAUCCUGUGUGCACACACUUUAGAUCUAAAUUAGGAAAAAAAAAAACCUCCAAAAACUUCCGAAGUAAAAGUGUUACAGCAAUAACGCAUUCAGCCAUUAUAUCCAGCCUGAAGCUUAGGGAUUUUUUUCCUUACCAAAACCUAUGGCAAAUAUAUUCUAUUUACAGCUCCCUUCGUGUUCAGAAACUGCCGACGGACCUGGUUCAGCGGCCGGUCCAGCCCUGUGCCCUCCACCAGGGCUGGCCGAGCUGCCAAGGAUUCAUCCCGGCCGACAGAUCCCCCCGAGGGAGCCGGCCGGGCUGAGGCUGCCCGCACCGCAGCUCUCCCAUAGCGGGAACUUCCACCGUGUAGCACGGACUCCGGGUUCCCACGCGAAGGGCGGGGUGUCAUUUUAACGCCGCGGAAGGGCGCUGCCCGACGGAAGAGGCGGUGGUGGCUGUUGCCGCCCGCCCCUUCUGCCCGGCCCGGGACGGCGAUGGCGGCGGCGCCGGAGCUGCGGGAGGCGCUGGCGCAGCGGCUGCGGGACUUGGGCAUCGCCACGGUCACCGCCGAGCACCCCGAGGUGUUCACUGUUGAGGAAAUGAUGCCUCAUGUCCAACACAUGAAAGGAGGUCACAGUAAAAACCUUUUUCUUAAAGACAAAAAGAAGAAAGGGUUCUGGCUGGUGACUGUUCUGCACAACAGGCAAAUCAAUUUAAAUGAUCUUGCUAAACAACUGGGCGUCGGAAGUGGAAACCUAAGAUUUGCUGAUGAAAACGCCAUGCUGGAGAAGCUAAAAGUGGGCCAGGGCUGUGCGACACCCCUUGCCCUCUUCUGUGACCAGGGAGAUGUGAGGUUUGUGCUGGAUGCUGGCUUUCUGGAAGGCGGCCACGAAAAGGUGUAUUUUCAUCCAAUGACAAAUGCUGCAACCAUGGGCUUAAGCCCCGACGACUUUUUGAAGUUCGUGAGAUCAACAGGCCAUGAGCCCAUCGUCGUACAUUUUGAUGAAGACAGUAGGUAG